AGGAGGAAGGAGUGCAUGUUCCAAGUCUUCAAGCAAUUAUGGAUAAGCGGGGUGCCUUGACAGAAGCUGUGAAUGGUGAUACUUUGCUUGAUGUUAGCAGAAUUAGUGCAAUGAAAUUUCCUCAUCGUUACACAAAAGAAGAACUCUUGGACAUUAAAGAACGUCCCUAUUCUAAACAGAGGCCAUCAUGUCUUUCUGAAAAAUAUGACAGCGAUGGUGUCUGGGACCCUGAAAAAUGGCAUGCAUCACUGUAUCCAAAUUCCGGGAGGACUUCACCGGUGGAAGGGCUUAAAAAAGACUCUGAUGCAGAUCGGACUUCUCUUAUGCGCAGGAUAGUAGAUCCUAGGGAACGGGUAAAAGAAGAUGACUUGGAUGUGGUGCUAAGUCCACAGAGGCGAAGCUUUGGAGGAGGCUGCCAUGUCACUGCUGCUGUAGGCUCACGCCGAGCAGGGAGCCCACUGGAAAAGGAGAAUGACUGUGUUCGUGUCAUUGGUGGCCGCAGGAUUGGCAGUGGGAGAAUAAUUUCUGCCCGGAACUUUGAUAAAGACCACCGAGGUAGUGAGAAGGACUCAAGAGAUGCAAGAGACAGAGACCGUGACAGGGAGUACAAAGAGAAGCGGGUCAGGAGAGAAUUCGGGGACAACAAGCGUGUCUUUGGGGAACGUCGAAGGAAUGACUCUUACACAGAAGAGGAACCAGAAUGGUUCUCUGCUGGGCCCACAAGUCAGUCAGAAACCAUUGAGCUGACUGGUUUUGAUGAUAAAAUUCUAGAGGAAGAACACAAAGGAAGAAAACGAGCAAGGCGGCGCACAACAUCUCUGAAAGAAGCUAUAGAAUGCAAUGGUGGAGUAGCAGAAGAGGAGGAAACCCAGGGUGUUCUGGGCCAGGAGAUGACAACAGAUCAGGAAGUCCCAAGAGAAGUGGUAUUGCCAGAACCAGCUCCGGGAGAGUUUGAUUUCAAUGAGUUCUUCAACCUGGAUAAGAGUGUUCCAGGUUUGGCUUCGAUGAUAGAAGAUGUGCUGGGGGAAGGCUCAGUCUCAGCCAGCAGGUUCAGUCGCUGGUUUUCUAACCCUAGUCGCUCUGGGAGCCGUUCAAGUAGCCUUAGAUCUACACCUCACGAAGAGCUGGAAAGAUUGGCAGGUCUAGAACAAGGCAUUCUAUCCCCUGGUCAGAACUCUGGAAACUACUUUGCUCCCAUUCCUUUGGAAGACCAUUCAGAAAACAAAGUGGACAUCUUAGAAAUGCUACAGAAAGCCAAAGUGGACUUAAAACCCCUCCUCUCAAGUCUCUCAGCCAACAAGGAGAAGCUUAGAGAGAGCACACAUUCGGGAGUUGUACUUUCAGUAGAAGAAGUAGAAGCUGGCCUGAAAGGCCUGAAAGUGGGUCAGGAGGGGAAAACUGCUACCCCCUUAAUGGCAGAGCAGAUGGAAGAGGCGCUAAACAUGACAGACUCCCAGCAACCUAAAAAGGAUGGUGAUAUGUCUGCCUUCAACAAGCUAGUCAGUACUAUGAAGGCAAGUGGAACGCUCCCUUCACAACCGAAAGUCAAUCAAACUCUUGAAAGCCACUUGAUAUCUCCUCCUGAGAUGCCAGGCCGGCCAGCCACAAAGAAUAUUUUACAGGAGAUCCUUGGGCCACCUGCUGGAAGAUCGACUUCCACCAAUGUCCUCAGUGGUUUGAUGAGUGGCUUGGAACCUGUAUCACUCCUUGGCCAAAGAGCACCAUCUCCUCCAAUUUCACAGAUGUUUCCCACUCGAGCUGCAUCUGCUGACUAUUUGAGACAUCCAGUCCCCUCCCCAAUAGGCUUUGGACCAAGUUCUCAGCAGUUGCUUGGUGAUCCAUUUCAGGGAAUGCGGAAGUCAGCAAGCCCAGCUGCUGCACAGAUGUGUCAACUUGAGUUACAGCAAGCUGCCUUAGAAGGACACUCUCUGCCACAUGACUUAGCCAUGCAAAUGUCAAACUUCUACCAGCCGGGCUUUGGUAAACUACAAAUGGACAAAAACAGAGAUGGCUUCAGGAGCAGGCAGCAACGGAUGACUAAAUCUCCUGCUCCUCUUGGCCACAGAGGGAAUGCAUCUUCUCCUCCAGCACCUGCUGCUUCCAUCACCAGCAUGCUGUCUCCAUCCUUUACUCCUACCUCAGUAAUACGCAAGAUGUAUGAAAGCAAAGAUAAAAGCAAAGAUGAACCCAAUCCUUCAAAGCUGAAAUCCGGUGAGAAAGAUGAUGGUCCAAGGGCGAAUGAAGAGAGCCUGCUGCCAUCUAGGUCUGUGGACCAUGUAGAUCAAGAGAAUGCUCCCUCUAUUGGCACCAAGCUAGUGUCACUGCAGCGCUCAGCAUGUUCAACACCACUUUCUCAGACCAAUCGUUGCACCAAAGAACAAGAUUACAGGCCGAAGGUCACUGGAAGAAAGACGCCUACCAUGGCUUCCCCAGUGCCCGGAGCUCCUUUUCUCCGUCCUGUCCACCAGGUCCCCCUGGUUCCUCAUGUACCAAUGGUACGGCCUGCUCAUCAGCUGCCCCCAGGAUUAGUCCAGAGGAUGCUGGCACAAGGUGUUCAUCCACAGCAUCUUCCGCCUCUUCUGCAAGCAGGUGUGAUUCCUCCUGGAGUAGACUUGACUCACCUACAAGGAGUAUCUGCUCCUAUCCUUGGUCAGGCUUGCUAUCAACUGCCGACAAGUGGCCAUCCUCUUCUGAACCCACGCUCUGGGACACCCCUGCAGCUGGCAAUGAUGCAACAACAGCUACAGAGAUCAGGCUCAAGCACACAGGGAUCUGCUAUGGGUGUGCAGACAGCUCCUCAGAAUGUGCCAUCUCGGACUGGACUGUCUCACAUACACUCACAGCUUGACCAUCGUGCUAGCCAGCGAAGUGGCUCUCCUGUUGGCCUUGCAAAAUGGUUUGGCUCGGAUGUCUUGCAGCAGCCUCUUCCUUCUAUGCCAUCCAAAGUAAUCAGUGUAGAUGAACUGGAAUAUCGGCAAUGAAUAGCCACAGGGGAGAGCAAGUACCUGUGCUGCUUUCGACUGGACACCGAUGUCCUUGGGAGCUUGUCCUCUUGUGCUUCACUGGUAUUUGUUUUUGGGGCCCUUUUGGUUUUAGCACUUUGUGCAAAAUUAUUUUUUCUUUUCUUUGAGUGACUAAAAAGCACAUGGCAUUUGUCCCAGUCUCCUUGUCUAUAUUGAGACUAAAGGAUCUAUUAUAGACUGAACAGUGAACCCAGAAGAAACUCUGAUGCAAGACAGUGCCAGUUUAAUUCUGGAAGCAUCUACUUUUUGUGUUUGGCUUUUUUGUAAGAUAUGUGAAUGAAGUGCUGGUAUCCUCUUGGGGUAGAGGUAGCAGCUAAGGGUUCCUCACAGGGAAUUAAAUGUAUAGACCCUUGUGUACAGACCAAUGUAUAAAUGACUUUUGUAUAUAUCCACCAGAUAGCUUUUUGAACCUAUACAGCUGUACAUAAGAGUAGCUGGUAAACUUAAGCUUUAGUUGGUGUACCUAUGGUUUGGAUCUUUUCACUGUACAUGUGGGACUUCUUUAAGAUUAAAGGUGCAUAUGUCAAGUGUGAGUGAACAGGGUGAAGUUGCUUUGCCUCUUUGGUCUCCUCUGCAGUUUCUCCACUGCAUCUCUUGUCAUGUAAUGUGGUGGCAAUAACUAGUAGGGAAAAUAUGACCACUGUACAGCCUGCAUUUCUCUUAUCAAAAGGAAAUAACUUAAGCUCUUAACAGCACUGAAUUUGGGACCUUCGGCAUCCCCUAAACACUGAAAGUGGGUUGUUGCAUACUUAACUCUAUUAGCUGCCUCCCUUAGACAGAUUCUGAUAUAAUGGGUCCUCAUAUCUGCUGGGGAAACCACUAAAAUAAUUUUCACCUAGUUAAAGGUCAAAAGCAGAUCCUCGAUUUCUCCUUGCCACCAUUGGUGCUUCAUGGUCAGUAGCUACAGUAAACCUAUUCUGUACUACUUCCAGCUGUAUACCGGAGAGGAGAGGCUUGAACGUAUCCUAGAUCUGCCUCUUGGGUUUGUUUCAUAGCAGUGAGUUAUCAAUUUACUAAGUUUUUAAUAAUGGCCUUUUUACCAUAUAGCAACAGCUGAAGCAUUGCUGCAGUCUCCUCUGCUUCUUACCUCUUGCUGGAGGGCAGUCUGACUUGCUAUUCUGUCCCUUCCCCAUAUUCAAAAUAAAACAACAAACUGCUGAAGUUCUUAAAACUUAACAGCAUGCUGUGACUACGAUUGAUGACCAGGAGAUACUGUUGAGGAAUGACUUGUCUGUUGCUCCAAAAAUUAUGGAGUCCACAUGGACCAUCAUUGACUGAAUUCACUUUUUACAAAAUACUGAAGUGUAAGUACAACUUGCAGUCACUGCCUCAUCCCUGUAAGAUUGUUUCAUAGCUUUUUAAAGUGACUUUUCCCCAAAACUC